GUGUAAAUAUGUCUGCCGUUUCUAAGCGACAUAGGAAGCCGUAUGGUAAACUGCUACAAAAUAAUUUCGAUUGUUUAUCUUUUUAUUUGGGGCAAAGAAGAUUUAGAUCUAGAUCUAUUUUUUAAGCAACUGCACAUUUUUAUAAAUCUACACUUUUGAAAACGAAGAUUAAAAAAAAUAAACAAUGAGCAAGUUACCACUAGGACCUCGGAAUGUCCAUAUUCAGAAGUCUCAAGGUGCAGACACAAAUAUUAUGAAAUUUUACAUCACACAAAACUCUAGUACAUAUGGAGCUCGUUUUGAUAAAUUCCAACCCCGUCAGGGUCAGCAUAGAGGCACAGGUUAUCUGAGUAAUUUCCGCCCAGUUGUUCAAUAUAACAGAAGACUUGAUGAUGUGGACAACCCAGCAAUGAGACGCAUAUGUGAUGGAAAUUACCGCUCAGUGACUCAGCUUGAUUACCAGCCUUACAGAGAUCCUUCUGGACUUGAAGUAUUUCCCAACAGUGUCCACUACAGUCCUUCAGCUUUUGUCAGACAAAAGGCACUAUCGAUACCAAAAGAUAUUGAGGUUAAUUCAACAUUUAUUGACACUAGAAUUGCCAGCGCACCUGCAAAUAUUCUACCCAAAUUUAAACCUCUGUUACAUAAACUUCAGCCAAAAGACCCUGUAGAGAUGGAGAAUCAUGGAUAUGGACCAAAAUAUAUGACAACUGAAACACAAGAAAAAUACAAGGGGUUGCCAUAUCCUAGUGUUGAUGUUAGUACAAGGGAGAUUGGCCCACAAGAAGUGUCAGGAUUUGUGCAUAACAUCACAGAUGAGCCAGUGACCUAUGAGAGACCUAUUGCAUACACCAAUGAACGCCCUGGCUGGUAUACCCACAGGCCAACAGGAGUUUCUGUCACAAAAACCAGUUUUAUACCUUCCACUUGGUCACGGGGUGAUGACCCAUUACCAGGGGGUGUAACUCAUGGGUCAGAAAGAGGCACUGGGUUCACCAGGGAAGAAGUUAAACCUAAAUAUGUUAACCUCAAAGCUCCAGAUGCCUAUGAUAGGCUAAGUGAAAUGCCUGGUCUGAAGGCAGACAGAACCCGCAAGAAUGAUCCAGCUGAAUUUAUCAACAUGCAAGUUCCAAACAACAGAACUAGCCUUGCUGCCGAGCAGUUUAAAGGUCAGGCCAGGCCAACACCAACAGAGGCUGACAGAGUUAACCGAACUAAAGUUGGUUUCAAGGAGGACACUGGCUUCACAGAGAACCAUGUUCCAUUUGUCCAAACAGCUGACAACAAGAUGCGCUUUUUGACCCAUUAUAUGACAAGGUUUGGUCCAGAUCCAACACCUGUUGGUGUGGACAGAGCUGGUCACUUGAGUGGUGGGGUGAUGAGGCCAACACCUAAUGGCUUCACCAAAUCAAAUACUAUAGACACUUACGGAAAUGAGUUGCCCAGCUCACAUAUACUGCAACGAAUUGAACCCUACGUUGGAAGGAGCAUCAGAGCUAAAAACCCUUUUUAUGAUGAUCAUACACAUGAUUCCAAGAUACAUACACAGCUGUUAGCAUAGUCAAGUUUUAAAUUAUAUGGAAAAAUAUCUUCCAAAAUUAUGAAUGUAUAUUUUAUCUUUUAAAUUGCAGGAAUUAUAUGCAGAGAUUCCAAAAAACCAAUAAACCUUAAAUGAUUAUGUUUUUCUAAAAUUAUAUAUAUGUUUAAAGCUAAAGCCCCUUCAAUUUUUUUAUCAAGAUACAGAGUAAUAUUCUCAAAUAUUAUUUAUGAAAAUAAAAGCUCAAAGAGAAGUAAAAUAAGAACCAUUACGUAAUUGUGAAUGUUAAACUCUCUGCUAUAGCCCUGCUGUGAGUCUGUUGUAUAAAAUAGUUAUGUAAAAGUAUUAUUUUUCAAAGCCCAUAUCUACAGUAUUCAUUUCUGUGAUAACUUAUUUUUACAAUAAGGCAUUUUGUAAUAAAAUUCCUUCAAAAAUC